AUGAAACACGUUCGCAUCUAUUUCCGCCACCCAUGCGCAGGCAUGCUCGUGUGCUUCCUCGAGUCGGGGGCGGCGCCAAGGGCGAGCCUGCAAUUCCCUGAAAUCAACAUCACGGCCAUCCCAUUUUUCUCAACGAGCGUGCUCGUGUGCUUCCUCGUGUUGGGAGCCGCGCCAAACGCGAACGCGCAGAUCUCUGAAGUCAACAUCACGGCCAUCACGGAUUUCCUCAACGAGUUGACUCAUUCCCGCCCUGCCCUGCCCUGCCCCCCCCCUCCCGCUUCCCCCUGCGUCCACGCGCAGGCGUGCUCGUGUGCUUCCUCGUGCUGCGUGCUCGUGUGCUUCCUCGUGCUGGGAGCCGCGCCAAAGGCGAGCGCGCAGAUCCCUGAGGUCAACAUCACGGCCAUCACGGAUUUCCUCAACGAGUUCUUCGCCGCCCUCCAUAAGGACGUGCAGAGCUCCUUCCCCGGCACCAAGCUGUACGUGCUCAAGGGCAAGGCGGAGAACACGGGCGACUACAACGAUGUUGACGACGAUGACGACAGCGAUCAUGAAGGCAAGCUCGAGAUCACCAAGUACACGUACAACAAUAUCACUUCUUUCAAGUUCGAGACUCAAUCAGACAAGAAGAUAAAAUCAGUGACAAUUCGCAAGGGCCUGCCAACGACGUUCGGUAAAGUUGUGCUGGUGGUUCCCGGCACUCCUGCGAAGGAUGACGAGGAAUACACCAUGACGUCAUGGAUCGUUAACGCGUCCUACGUGGCAGCGUACAACGGCAUGAGCGUUACAAGUGUCAUUGAUGACAUCUACGCGUCACCGUACGCGUAUUAUCUGAACAUGACAACGAGCAAGGGGUGGCGGCGUGGGCAAAUGUACAAGCCGUUGUUCUGCUUCUGGUGUGACUACUAA